AUGGACGUCAUGUCGGAGCUUACGGACCAAAGAGAUGCCUUGAAGCGGACUAAGGGCCAUCUGCACGACGUCGACGGCCACCUGAGCACGUCCAAAAUGUUCUUGUCGCUGAUGUCCCGGCGCAUCCAGGGCAAUCAGGCCAUGGUGUGGGGCUUGGCGAUCGUGCUUUUCAUCAUUCUUGUCUUCCUCAUCUACCUCAAGCUGCAGAAGCUGAUGGCUUUCUUUAGGUAG